AUGCUGCAUCUCAGAAGACAGCCCAAAUAUCCUUGGAAGAUCACCCCCAGGAGAAACAAACUUGACCACUAUGCUGUCAUCAAGUUCCCCCUGACCACUGAGUCAGCCAUGAAUAAGAUUGAAGACAACAACACACUUGUGUUCGUUGUGGAUGUCAAGGCCAACAAAAACCAGAUCAAACAGGGUAUAAAGAAUCUCUAUGGUAGUGACGUGGCGAAGGUCAACACCCUGAGCAGGCCUGAUGGAGAGAAAAAGGCAUAUGUUCAACUGGCUCCUGACUGUGAUGCUUUGGAUGUUGCCAACAAAAUUGUGACCAUCUAA